AUGCCGCCCCUCAUCAACACCGAGCUAAUCAUGCGCACGCUCGGCGAUCCCAACACCGCCGCCGAGCUCAUGCACCUCAUCGCGCGCAAGAGUAAGACGAAGGGCAAGAGCAAGAUCAAGGGAGGCGUGAUUGCGGGCAUCGUCAUCGCGAUUAUCGUGGCCGUUAUCGUGCUUCUCAUCAUUGCCCUCUUGGUCCGCAGGAGGCGCAACAAGAGGAUUACUGCGGGGCCGGGGAUGGGGAUGCGUUGA